AUGGAGAGGGACGUUCGGGAGUUUGUGGCCGCCUGUCCGAUAUGUGCUCGCGGCAAGGGAUCCCAUCAGUCUCCCUCAGGGCUAUUACGCCCGUUACCCAUCCCUAGACGCCCUUGGAGCCAUAUCGCGCUUGAUUUCAUCAUGGAGCUGCCGCCAUCCGAGGGCAAAACGGUUAUUCUGGUUGUGGUAGAUCGUUUCUCUAAGGCGGCUCACUUUGUGGCACUGCCAAAAUUACCAUCUGCAGUAGAAACCGCGCGCCUGGUGAUCGACCACGUGUUUAAAAUACACGGUCUCCCGCAGGAUGUGGUGUCAGAUCGGGGACCCCAGUUCGCCUCUCGGUUCUGGCGGGCGUUCUGUUCUCUGUUAGGGGCGUCAGUUAGCCUCUCGUCUGGGUUUCACCCAGAGACCAACGGACAAACAGAACGCACCAACCACACCCUGGAGAAUACGCUCCGGUGCCUGGCGGCGGCCAACCCCAGCUCGUGGAGUCGGCAGCUCACGUGGGCGGAGUAUGCUCACAACACGCUACAAAAUGCGUCCACAGGCCUCUUGCCCUUCGAGGCACAGUUUGGGUACCCGCCACCACCAUUUCCCGAACCGGAAAGAGGGGGCGAAGUACCUUCUGCCGAGACCUUUGUUCGGCGGUGUCGGUCUGUGUGGAAGAAGAUUGGGUCAAAUGAAGAGAACAGGACUUCCAUCAGAUACUCUCUGACAGGACCUGGUGUUGACAAAGAGCCUUAUGAGUUAUUUAAAGUAGACAAAUUGAAUGGGCAAGUCAAAGUUAAUAAAAUUUUGGACCGAGAGAAAAUGGCAGUUUACGAACUUAAGGGUAUGGCAAAGUUCGAGAAUGGUGCAACAGCAGAGACACCCAUUGUCAUACGUAUCGUCGUAGAAGACGAAAAUGACAACGAUCCAGUAUUUCCCGAAAAACAAGAAGGAGCUGUCAGUGAAUUAAGCCAGUCAGGCACAUUUGUGAUGAAAAUUAAUGCCACAGACGCUGAUGAUCCACAGACUGCCAACGGUCAGGUAACCUACAGUAUCCUGGAACAGAUCCCAGAUGGCAGAUCCAUGUUCUCCAUCAAGGAAACGGGCGAGAUUUACGUCCAACAAAGCACUCUAGACAGAGAAACGCAUUCUUCCUAUUUGUUGAAAGUUAAAGGCACUGACAUGAAGGGGGAGAAGGGUUGCAGAACUGGUACAGGAACUGUUACUAUCAACAUCCUGGAUGUCAAUGACAAUGUUCCCACACUGGAUAAAUCUCAUUACGAGGAAAGUGUUAUGGAGAACACAAGCAAAGUGGAGGUGCUACGCAUCAAAGCCAAGGACCUCGACUCGAUAAACACCGACAACUGGCACACAGUUUUCUCGAUCGUUUCAGGGAACGAAGCAGGCUACUUCGCAAUCACAACGGACGAAAAGACCAACGAGGGAGUUGUAACAGUGAUCCAGUCCCUUGAUUAUGAAAAGGUGAAAGAGGUCAACCUCAAGGUUGCCAUGCACAACAAAGCAGCCUACCACUCAAGCGUUGUCUCGGCACCAGGUGAGAUAACCAUCAAGAUAAAAGUGAAGAACAAGGGGCCCAUGUUCAUUCCAGCAACAAAAGUCAUCUCUGUCUCUGAGAACAGCAAGGUGGUGUCCACACACACCGUCAUCGACACUUAUGCGGCCAUCGAUGGAGACACCCUAGUGACUGCUAAAAACAUCUGGUAUGCCAAAUUAAAUGACCCAGCCAACUGGCUGAUAAUUGAUGAAAAGACUGCGGAGAUUAAACUAAACCAAAUACCAGAUCGGGAAUCCGAGUACGUGAUUAAUGGAAAUUACACAGUAAAGAUAAUAUGCCAGAAAAAUGAUAUCCCAGCAAAAACCGCCACUGGGACGAUUGUCUUGGUGGUAGAGGACGUCAAUGACAAUUGCCCCACACUCACCAACCCGAACCAGAUCGUCUGCAGCUCCCACACAGCCCUGCCCGUCUCGGCCAAGGAUAGGGACGCUGACCCUAACGGUCCCCCCUUCCGCUUCCAGGUCGUACCUGAAGGCGCAAAGCAGGAGUGGACUGUUGAACCUGCCAAUAGCACCAGUGUGAUCCUGAGAGCCAAUCAGAAGCUGUGGCCCGGGCGGUACAAGGUGCAGUUAGACGUGUGGGACCAGCAGGGCAAGGCCUGUGACAAGCCGCAGGUGCUGAAGCUAGAAGUAUGCACCUGUGAGGGGGAGAAGACCUGUGUGCCUUCAGCCACUUUCGGGGUUCUAGGGCUGGGCACCCUGCUGCUGGCGCUGCUGCUGCUUCUGUCGGUGCCUCUUUUACUGGUGUCCUGUAUGCAUGAGGGCCUGAAUCGCCCGAUAAAUCCUACCAAACAACAGCUGAUAAAUUCCAUCACAGAAGACACAGUAAAGGAUGUGUUGCGGAUAUACAAGGAUGAGGGUCAAGAAUCUCCAAUCAGUAUGGGAUCAGUCUUGUGCAGAGGCUGCGAAGACAGAAAUUACUUCGAAGAGGCCGACAACAACCUGGACUUCCUCAACAACCUGGGCCCCAGAUUCGAAACAUUGGCGGAGAUCUGCAUGGGAUCGGCGAUAAAGAUCGACUCAGUCUACAGCACUGCCCCUGUCCUGCCGACCACCCGCUACAUCAGCACCCUGCUGCUGACUGACAGGCCGGGGAGCACCCAGGGUGUGUACGUGGUGAACGAGGCUCUGCGUGUGGGGGAGAUGGUGCCCCUCAGGGAGCAGGGGGUGCCGGUGCUGGAGCCUGAGCCUGAGCGAGGGACUGGUCCUGGUGGAGCAGCACUGUGUGCUGAGAGGGGCUAA